AUGGCGUUAAAAUUUGUGCAGGUGAAUCUUAACCACUGCCUCGAUGCUCAGGAUCUCUUGUUUCAGAGCAUGGCGCAGUGGUCGGUACAUGUGGCUAUCCUCUCCGAGCCCUACCAUAUCCCCCAAAGGGACAAUUGGGCUGGGGAUCACGAUGACACGGCGGCGAUAAUUACCCAAACAGCUGCUGGUUCACCGCCUUUCGAAAAGGUGGAAAAAGGGAAGGGAUUCGUGGCCGCGCUCCUCGGUGGCAUCACAGUGGUCAGUGUUUAUUUCUCGCCCAAUAGGAGUGUGGCCGAAUUUAAAGCCUUUUUAUUAGAAGUAGGAGCGGUCAUCGGUCGCUGCAAUCUGGGUCCCGUGCUUGUUGCGGGUGAUUUUAAUGCCAAGUCUGUCACAUGGGGAUCACCAGCAACGGAUGCACGUGGGCGGGAACUAGAGGAGUGGGCGGUUGCGGCUGGCCUGGUUGUUGUCAAUCAGGGGUCUAUCAACACAUGUGUGCGGCAAUAG